AUGAAGGCAAUAAAGCUAAGGAACGUUAUUCCUGAAGAGUUUUGGAAGGACAACAAUGAUCGAUUCCCAAUUUUGUAUCAAGUGGCCAAAAAGGUGAUGUGUAUUCCACCAUCUUCUGUUCCUUCCGAACGUUUCUUCAGUCAUGCGACGAUGUUAUUCAACGACAAGCUGCGUAAUAGGCUGACGGAUGAGCGUGCGGAACAAAUAUUACUGUUGAGAUGUGAACUCAAUCGAAGGAACAAAGAAUUGAAUGAUUCUAGUUCAGAUGACGAAAAUGAUGGGACUUAA